UAAAAAAAAUUUUGGUUAAAAAUGUCGUUUUUUGAAUCAAAUGAACCUUAUUUUGAUGAAAUGAAAGCGUUACAGCAAUUAUUUUACUCAAAAAGCGAUUCCUCGGAAGAAUCAUCAGAUGAAAAUGAAAGCCACAAAAAUAAUAAGUACAAAAUAGGUCCAGCCGCCUUAACAAACUUAUCUGAACAAAUUAACAUCCCAUCAACAAAAAAAACGGACGAGCAGCAAGAAAAACAGAAACUUCCACCAGAAUUAGACAGAGAAGAGAAGGAUGAUGCUGAAAAAUGGUUGGAGAACCAGAAUAAGGAAGAUUUGGAAAUUUUGGAAUCAAGAAAGCGACCGGAGUAUUCAAUAAUAUAUAAACAAGUUGUCGGAACGGAAGAUAUAUUUUUGGGAAUAAACAAUCGCACACCGGCUUCUAUGAGCUGCGAAGAUAUGGUCAUCCAAAUAGAAAUGCCAGAGGAAAAGAUUUCGGUCGAUGAUAUGGAUUUAGAAGUAACAGAAUCCCGUAUCGAUUUGAAAACUUCAGUUUAUCGUUUAAUAUUACCCUUAGUACACCCAAUAAACCCAGACAAAGGAUCAGCACGUUUUGAUAUAGAAAAAAAAUGCUUGAUUUUGACGUUGCGCAUGAAACGAGAGUUAGAUUUUGCAAAUUUUUAA